AGUUUCCAGAAAUAGAGAAAUCUGGAGCAAUGAAGUAUACCCGAGAGAUAUUUUCAAGGUUCUGUGAAUCCUUGCAAAGGUGUGUUCGGAUAACUGUUGUGGAGAGUCAGCCACGUGAGGGCGGUACUAUUUAUGUGACCCAAAAGUAUAUGCGAUCGGGAAGAAAGUGGAAUGUUAUCCAUGUGUUGGCUUCGGAUAAACAUACGUGCAGUUGCCAAAGAAUGGAAUCGUUUGGGCUACCUUGUGUGCAUAUACUCUCAGUUUUGGUUCGGUUAGACGUGGGUUCUUUUCCAGACACCUUGGUCUUGGAGAGGUGGACUAAGUCGGCCAAGUUCGGAUGGGAGCAUUUCUGCAGCACUGCAAGCGUUUGGCUCAGCUUGUGUGUAACAACGACGACUUAUUCAAGUUGUAUUCAAAGCAGAUAGUCCAGGAAGCAACUAAUCUUGAAAGUAUGAAUGAUUCGGGGAAUAGUGUCGGCAUUGGUGGUGGUGGUGGACAAUGGUAGAGUACUAGAUCCGAUUAGGGUUCGUACUAAGGGCACCGGGCGUGGUAAUGUACAGGUUGGGGUGAGGGGAGUGAAGCGUAGAAAGUGUAGCACGUGUGGGAUAGUCGGACAUCAUCGAACUCGAUACCCAAAUCGGGUGAAUAUAUCGGUGCCGAACAGCCAGGAUGAGGUGCCACAAAUGGUGUCACAGUCUGCGGCGCGUGCUGAAUUUCCUCUUGCGCGUAGCCUUUCGAUCGAGAAUAUUGGGGUGAGGGAUUGCUAUCGUCCAUCAGUGGCGGACACUUCCGACUUUGGAGCAGCUGCGGAUGGGUGUUCUCAAAAGUAAUUCCAUGCCUUACAUGCAUGUGUGAUGUAGUUGAGAGAAAAGAUUGGCCUUUCUAGGACUUGUAAUGAGUAAGUGUGGCUUAGGGUGGUACUGUUAGUCAUUUUGGACCAUUGGUUAAAUAUGCAAGCGAAGCUCAUUCAAGUGAAGAUACUGAAGGUGUAAUGGAUUGCCGAAGUAUGUAUGCCCCGGUAUACAGUGUUUAAUCUAUCCUGUUUAUCAGUUUUUUACACUUUC